AUGGACAAAAGGCCAUCGACUACCUGUACAUCAUACGAUCAGUCCACAUUAGAAGAGCACGCCAAAGGGUCACCAUCAGACUCGCCCCUCAAGGAACCACAAUCGAUCGGCUUUGGCCUAGAAGACCCUCCUCGAAGAAGUCCCGCACCCCCCCACGAGCCUAUUUUGUACGAUUUCGCAAAAGAAGGGGAGGAGAUAGAUCCGGCGACAAGUACCUGGGCCGAAGAUCAGUCGUCAGGUGGAAGUCCCACGGAAACCGGCGAUCAACCGUCUCAAGACGAAGCCAAAGGAAAAGAGCGAGAAAUGAGUUAUCCAGGCGACUAUUACCACCACUCAAGAGCGAGCGCGUCACCCAGUGAUCGCCGACCUGACAUAUCGAGAACAAGCCCGAGUAGCUCUGCCAGCACGCCUCGGCAAGGCUCAGAGGCCCCAAAAGGCGACGACAAAAAAGACGAUCGAACAGGAAGUGGCGGCGGCAGUGGGAGUGGUAGUGGAAGUGGUAGUGCAAGUGCAAGCGCAAGCGGGAGUGGCAGUAGUCGCUCGAGACUUGUUGCAGGAGUCUUUGUGAGAUAUUGA